GCUCCUUCAACAACAACAGCUAGUUAGACCCAUCGUUAGCUUUCUAGCAAACAUAGCUACAACAUUCACGCUCUUUACAAUGUUUUGGUGUAUAUUAGUCGCUGUGUAUUAAACACACUUCUGUCGUAUGUACUUGUUGGCCCAUUUAAUUAUAUAUUUACGUUGUUUGUCAGCUAGCUGGUUUGCUAAGUUAGCUUAGAACUAGGCUAGUCACUAAUGCUAGCUAGCUAACAUCUCCGACCAUGAGUUCACUAAGUUAUUCUCCUUCUGCUAAAGAAGAGGUGGUCUGCUGGACGGAGAAAGAAGCUUUCGUGAAAGAGGAGGACGAAGAGGAGGCUGUUACAAUACAAAAACAAGUAGAGGGUGAGGCUGUUACCGUGAAAGAAGAAGAGAAAGACAUUACAGUGAAAGAAGAGGACUCGUUCAGAGUGAAAGAGGAGGAGGAUGUUACAGUAAAAGAAGAGGAGGAGGAGAAAGAUGGGGAUGCAGUUUUUGGAGUGAAAGAGGAGGGGGAGAUGACUGUCACAUUGGAUGAAGAAGAGGAGGUUGGAGAUCUGUUUAACACCAGAGAGAUAGCUAACUAUCUUGGAUCCUCUGGGGAGCCUCAACAACCUUGUGAUGCUGAAGAAGCAGAGAAGAGUCUCUCCAGAUCAGAACACCUCAAGAAACACCUGCAGAGAUCCACAGGGAAGAGAACUCACUGCUGCUCUGACUGUGGGAAGAGAUUCACCUCAUCAGGCAUUAAAAUUCAUCAGAGAACACACACAGGAGAGAAACCUUAUAGCUGUGAUCAAUGUGGGAAGAGUUUUGGCCAAUCUGGAGCGCUGACAGUACACCAGAGAAUACACUCAGGAGAGAAACCUUAUAGCUGUGAUCAAUGUGGAAAGAGUUUUGUUACAUCUAGCAAUCUGACUAUACACCAGAGAACACACACAGGAGAUAAACCUUAUAGCUGUGCUCAAUGUGGGAAGAGUUUUUGUCAAUCUGGAGAGCUGACAGUGCACCAGAGAACACACACAGGAGAGAAACCUUACAGCUGUGAUCAAUGUGGGAAGAGUUUUUGUCAAUCUGGAGAGCUGACAGUGCACCAGAGAACACACACAGGAGAGAAACCUUACAGCUGUGAUCAAUGUGGGAAGAUUUUUCGUCAAUCUGGAAAUCUGACAGUGCACCAGAGAACACACACAGGAGAGAAACCUUAUAGCUGUGAUCAAUGUGGGAAGAGUUUUAGCCACUCUGGAGCGCUGACAGUGCACCAGAGAACACACACAGCAAAAUGUAAUUGAAAAGCUGUUCGAAAUAAGACUAUGUAACCAAAUAUUUAAUAUUUCCAAUUCAUGUAACAUUUAGUAAUGAUUAUUAUUUAUGCAACCAACUGACAAUUUGGUACAAUUAUAUUGACAUUGUUUCCAUGCUUUUAGAAUAUCAGAGUUAAUUCUCAGAUGUGCCAACCCAAAUGUACUAGAGCAUGACAUUGGGGACUGGGCCCCGAUCCAACAACAUGCCUAUCUAGUGAACCCUGAAAAGAGAGAGAAGCUCCGCAGUGAGGUGGAAAGUUACUACGGAUAUUGCAGGAGUUUCCUCUUGAAAUCAGACAUGUACGUGAUAAGGACAACUUGGUUGCUGAUUGUAUCAAGGGUGGGCAGUCAAAAGGUUUUGCGUUUAGCCAGUGCCUUCCCAUGGAUCACAAUUUAUUUUGACUGCACGUUUUUCCUGUAUUGGAGAUUUAGUUAUGUUUGGGCUCGUUCCAAGGGGACGAGAGUUCUAGAAGCUAGUGAGUUUUAGGAAGAGGAGAGUUCUAGAAGCUAGUGAGUUAUAGGAAGAGGAGAGUUCUAGAAGCUAGUGGGCAAAAAAUGUUUUUGUCUUGUUUUUAAUUGUUGACAGCCAGUAGACACCAUGUUUAUAUUGGUGAAGGUGAAGCAUUGUAGUUGAUUAUAAUGUGAAUUGGAAGUUGUUUUCUGUUGGUGGUAAGCAAACUCGUCCAACAGAAAUAUAGGAUAUACACUGCUCAAAAAAAUAAAGGGAACACUUAAACAACACAAUGUAACUCCAAGUCAAUCACACUUCUGUGAAAUCAAACUGUCCACUUAGGAAGCAACACUGAUUGACAAUAAAUUUCACAUGCUGUUGUGCAAAUGGAAUAGACAAAAGGUAGAAAUUAUAGGCAAUUAGCAAGGCACCCCCAAUAAAGGAGUGAUUCUGCAGGUGGUGACCACAGACCACUUCUCAGUUCCUAUGCUUCCUGGCUGAUGUUUUGGUCACUUUUGAAUGCUGGCGGUGCUCUCACUCUAGUGGUAGCAUGAGACGGAGUCUACAACCCACACAAGUGGCUCAGGUAGUGCAGCUCAUCCAGGAUGGCACAUCAAUGCGAGCUGUGGCAAGAAGGUUUGCUGUGUCUGUCAGCGUAGUGUCCAGAGCAUGGAGGCGCUACCAGGAGACAGGCCAGUACAUCAGGAGACGUGGAGGAGGCCGUAGGAGGGCAACAACCCAGCAACAGGACCGCUACCUCCGCCUUUGAGCAGGAGGAGCACUGCCAGAGCCCUGCAAAAUUACCUCCAGCAGGCCACAAAUGUGCAUGUGUCUACAUUGUGUUGUUUAAGUGUUCCCUUUAUUUUUUUGAGCAGUGUUUUUGUUCUCUUAAGGGUGAAGGUGUUCCAGGCUUUCAUUUUUCCAUUUAUGUUUUGAGGUUGGACUUUAGCACGUAUAGCUCGUUAGCACGUAGGACACACUGAUUGGUGUCUCCUCCUUAGUCAGUAUUUGUAACAUCUGUGCUGGCUUGUCCAUCUCAUUAGUGGGAAGGUGUUUCACCUGAGCUGGUCCAGGUUCUAUUUAAGAGUGUCUGGCCCAGUGCUCCAGUUGUCUUGAUAGAUGUGGAGAGUCAACACCUUUAGGUGCGCCACCUUUUUGGUUUGCUUCCUGUCUUUAAGUUUGUUGUAGGUUUUUCUUUUGUUUCCCUCUUCUUGGGCAGAUUUAGUGGGUGUCAUGGUGGGUGUCUUUUAGGUCCCAGUUGUUGUUACUAGUCAACUUUCAGUGGACACAGAGCAAAACUGCAACAUUAUGUUAUAAUACUUUAAUUGCAUCAAAUGGUUGUUUUUUGCAACAGAAUAGAGGGUUCUUAGAACUAUAGUGUCUGUGUGUUCUACUGAGGAUGGGCCUCUGGGAGAUAACACUGACAGGAGAUUUACAAUGUCUUUUGGGUGAUAAAACCUAAAGAGACCGCAUUCCAGAGCAUGAGUUAAUGUUUCUGUUCUAUAUGGUACCAGGGAGAGAUGACCCCAGGGCCAGACCCUGGUCUCUACACAAAGAGUACUGUUUUUACAGCAGAUACUGUCUGCUGACAAUUAUAGAUAUCUUUCAUACAAAUCUUAAUCUUGUGACCCGUUCUAUACAUCUGCUGUUCUAUACAUCAUUUGUUUGUCAUGUAGGUUGAAAGGAGAGUAUCUUGGCUAUAAAAGACCUUUGUACUUUUGUCUCGGGGCUCUCAACGAAUAAUCUGGGCAUGAUUUGCCGACCAGCCGUCUUUAUCGUAGAGCACUCAAUUGAUUCACUUUAUAUGUGUGCGUUGUCUUGACCUGCUCCCUUAUUAAGUGAAUAAAGAUUUAGUUUAAGAAUAA